GGGCUUCCAUGGCGAUUGGUGAAUCACAGUUAUAUAUUUGGGACGGUGAUAAUAUAUUGCUUCAAACUCGAAGGAGGCUUGGGCAGCUGAAGUUGCUCUUGUUCGUUGCUCCUCCACGACUUCUUUUUAAAACUGGUUUUGUGGGCCAUCUUUUGCGACGCUAUCUUCUGUCUGACUCUACACGCAGUUCUGAGAAAGAGAGAGGGAUGAGUGUCCGAAUGGGAAGAGAAUAUUGAGCACUGUUGUAUAGGAAACCAACAAACUAGAUCUGACCACCCUUUUCUCCCAAUCGAUGAGUUGGAGCUAGCUAGUCUCUGGGUGAAAACAAUAUGGUGGGAAUUUUCUCAAGAUUUUCCGCCAGCAGAACCGGUCAUCGCCGAGCUCAGAGUGCACUUGAUGCAAGAGAAGUUUUGUCAUCAGUCUCUGAGGCUCCAAAUGUGGCUACUAUUGCAGCUGUGGCUGCUGCUGCUGCUGCUCAUGGGAUUGAAAUAGCUGUAGAGUUUAAGCCAGUUGAACACCCAACUGAGCCUCCUGACAAUGACCAACCUGUUCAAUGCCCAUUACCCGAGCCUUCCAUUCUAAAUGAUGGAAGAAUAUGGAAGGAGCGAGUAUCUGCAAGUGUGAGGAGGGCUGACAUACCAGUCUUGAAGGAAGGGGCCUCUCUCGAAUCUGAAGCUGAAGAAACAAAGCCACAGCGGUCCCAAUCUGCUCGCUUGAUGCUACCAUCUCUUAGUGCUCCUGAACAUAAUCUACUCAAUCUUCUUGAUGAGUGUAAAGCUUCUGGGAUCUAGAACUUGCUGUUACGACAUUAUCUGAAUUUUAUUUGUCAUAAUUCUCGCAUAAAGUUAAGAUUUUUACCCCUUUGUCCAUUCUUUUUCUUGUUGACACAAGUACUGGAAUGUAUAUUACUAUUAUGAAUGAAUUAUUACAAAUGCAAAGAUACCUCAUGAAUAGUUGACAGAUCA